GCGAUCUAGUGUGUCUGCAGUCAUGUGUAUGCUCUGUGUUGCCCGCAAGGGCUCCGCCCUCUCAAGCGGUGCUCGCCAGCUGCUGAGCAACUGGCAGUGCCCAGUGAAGGCUUCUGGCUCCCAGCUGGCCCAGGGACGGCUCUUCAGCAGCCUGCCCGAGCCUGCGCACGAGCCCACCCGCCCGAACGAAGUGGAGGGCAAGGUGGCCCACCCCUCCCUGCUGAAUGAGGACCUGCUCAAGGCGGAGUAUGCCGUGCGUGGGGAGCUGUACAACAAGGCGAUGGAGCUGCAGAAGCAGGGGCGCGAGCUGAUCUUCACCAACGUGGGCAACCCGCAGCAGCUGGGCCAGCAGCCCAUCACCUUCAACCGCAUGGUCACCUCGCUGGUGGCGGCGCCCUUCCUGAUGGGUCACCCCUCGGCGCCCUCCAUGUUCCCCGCGGACGUGCUGGAGCGGGCCAAGAAGAUCAACGGCAUGUUUGGCGGCGCGCUCGGCGCCUACACCGACUCGCGCGGCAACGCCGGUGUGCGCCAGGAGGUGGCCGACUUCAUCAAGCAGCGCGACGGUUACCCCUCCAACCCAGACAACAUCUUCCUCACCGACGGCGCCAGCGUGGCGGUGCGCCUGCUGCUCAACGCGCUCAUCCGCGACAGCAGCGACGCCAUCCUGGUGCCCAUCCCGCAGUACCCGCUGUACUCAGCCUCCAUCCAGCUCUACGGCGGCACGCUGCUGCCGUACAACCUCAAGGAGCAGACGGGGUGGAGCAUGGACUUCAACGAGAUCAGCCGCAGCGUGCACGACGCGCGCAACCACGGCACCAACGUUCGCGCCAUGGUGUUCAUCAACCCGGGCAACCCCACCGGCCAGUGCCUGACCGAGGACAACCUGCGCGACCUGGUGCGCUUUGCCGCCAAGGAGAAGGUGGUGCUUAUGGCGGAUGAGGUCUACCAGCCCAACAUCUACCAGGACGAGAAGCCGUUUGUGAGCGCCAAGAAGGUGCUGGGCGACCUGGGCAAGCCCAUCAGCGACAGCGUGGAGCUGGCCUCCUUCCACACCGUGUCCAAGGGCGUGCUGGGCGAGUGCGGCCUGCGGGGCGGGUAUGUGGAGCUCACCAACUUCCACCCGGGCACCGUGGACGAGCUUUACAAGGCCGUCUCCAUCAACCUGUCCCCCAACACCACCGGCCAGGUGGCCAUGAGCCUGAUGGUCAACCCGCCCAAGCCCGGCGACGAGAGCUACGCGCAGUGGAAGGCGGAGCACGACGAGGGCCUGGCCUCGCUGCGGCGCCGCGCCCACGCCAUGACCGACGGCUUCAACGCCCUGGACGGCGUGACCUGCACCUUCACAGAGGGAGCCAUGUACUCCUUCCCCCGCCUCCACCUGCCGCCCAAGGCCAUCGCCGCCGCCGCCGCCGCCGGCAAGCCCGCCGACACCUUCUACUGCCUGCAGCUGCUGGAGGCCACGGGCAUCGUCACCGUGCCCGGCAGCGGCUUUGGGCAGGAGGAGGGCACCUUCCACCUGCGCACCACCAUCCUGCCGCCCGAGGCCAAGAUCGGCGAGUUUGUGAAGCUGUUCCAGGACUUCCACAAGGCCUUCAUGGCCAAGUACGCCUGAAGCACGCCACCCCCUGCGUGCCUCCUGCGCUACUGACAUCCAGCGCCUACUGACCUACUUCAGUUUGCAUGCAACGGAGCGCACCCAGGCUCGAUCCAGUUGGUGCCCUCCCGACCCACUUGCCUGGGCGCUCCCAGCUCUUGUUUUCCCUUAGUUUCCCGCCUGCUUUCUGAAGCCAGCAUGACAUCAGCAGCAUUCAUCCCCCAUGUACUUUCUCCCUUUUCAUGUCAUGACACUCUUCCGUCGGCAUUUCCUUCCCAUUCAGCACCCAUUCAUCCAUUCCGUUCCGCUGUGUUUUUGUUGUUUUGAACGAAUGAGCGACCGCCAUGCACUCGCAUUUUAUCUUUGCAGCCUGCAGGCUGACCCUGCCAUGCCCUUCCUGUGCACUGCCCUGCUCUGGAGCCGAGCUCCCGCUUGGUAAACCAACUUCUCAGG